CAAACAACUCGGACGAUGUCGAUUGCAAGUUACGAUCCGUCUUCUUUGUGAAUUUCGGCCUUUUUUCAGAGGUAAAAUAUGUCGCUGUAUUUUGACUGCAUAGUAGAAAGUCCAGUUAGUAAUGCAAUCAACACCCAGAUAGCAUGGCAUCCUCAGGCAUCCUGUCUCGCUGUAGCUUCCUUUAGUGAAGAGAAAGGGGGAGCAGUCAAUGUGUACACAGGGGAGGGCAAGCUAUGUGAUGAGGUGGACAUCCCACCCCAUCCUACAGCCCAGGUGACAUCCAUAACCUGGCAUCCAAGCAAGCGCAUUCUUGCCAUUGGAUGGGAGACAGGAGAGCUCUACCUCUGGAAUGACCAUGAGCAUGAGUUCCACGAAAUUCAGAGUCUGCACCGUGCACCCAUAUCCAUACUCUGCUUCAGUGCAGCGGGAACCAGACUAGUGUCAGCAGAUGCAUCAGGAUCUUUGGUAGGAUGGAGAGUGGACACAUCAGGCAAUCUGCAGACAGUGUUUACGCAUGAGCUCAAGGACCCACUGGCACAGAUCGUCUUCAGGGUUACUGUGGCAACCCAGCUGCCAUCUCUAGAUAUCAAUGGGCUUGCCCGGGCUGCUGUAAGUGGAGAUGAGAGAGCCCUUGACAUCUUCAGUUCCUGGAGACCGAGGACUGGACACAAGCGCCUUGGGCUGGGAAGCAAUGCCAGGGAAAAUCUCAAUUUCUUUCUUGGGUCAUCCUCAGGUGUACUAUACCAUGUCAGUGAUAGUGGGAACUGUGUGGAGGUUCUACAGGCAGAUGGUGGCAUUAAGCGACUCCUGCAUCAUGAAUCGCGUAAUUUGCUUGUGGUUAUUACUGAAGGAAUGGUUCUUGGGCAGUUUUCUGUGGCUAUUGAUGGAGCAGUUACUGAAAUCAACAAGGUAAAACUAAGUGGCCGGACAAAUGAUAUUCAGGUGACAUGGGCUGGAACAGGACUGCUGGCUGUAUCAACUGGUGACAACAAUGUGCGUCUGUGGAACCUUGACUCAGGAGAUAAUUAUGUACUAAGUUUGCAUGGUUUCAGUUAUCGGGAUCAAGAAUACAUGAUGUGCCUCAGUUAUUCUGAAAACAAAAAAAUAUUAUGUGGAGGCACAAAUAUGGGAAGUGUGGCCAUGUGGAAGUAUGAGGAACAAAAGCUGAACAAUAAUGAGUACUCUCGAGACCCUGAGAAAGACUGGAAACUGCAGAGCCCUUCCAUCCUAUCUGGAGCAGUGAAACGGGUUUCAUGGGGCUCAGCUCAGAAUUUACUGGCUGUUGAUACUGUCCGAGAUGUGUAUAUUCUCAAUGAGCAGAACAUGGUAGCAAGUUACCGAGAUCAGGUGUGUGUUGUUCAGGAAUCACCAACCCAGCUGUCAGUUGAUGUUUUCUCAGCAGACAACCAUCUGGAAUUCCGUGCAGACAUACAAGUCAGAGGUGUUCACAACACUGUGGAUCACCUCUUGAUAUGGAAUAUGAAGAAAAUGGUUAUAUAUGAAAUUACAUCAGAUGCUACACAUCUGAGAGUUGUAGGUUCUUUUGCAUGUGAAGCAGAGAGUGCUGUGUUACAUGAAGCCAGCAUAUAUUCCAUAGAGGGUUUGAAUGUUCAAGUAAGAUCAAUACAGGGAACAAUAAAGCAGACACUGAGUUUCUCAGAGAGUGAAGGGGAACCGAUUGGCCUUGAUGUUUGUGGUAAUUUCCUUGUGGUAGCCACAAUCCAAGGGAUUAUUAAGCUAUGGGACUUGUCUAGAAGGGAGGCAAAACAACACACACAAGGCAAACAGUUGAGUGAUGCCAUCAAGGACUUUGGGGAAGUUAUCUCAGCAAGAUGUAACUGUAGCGGUACAAGAGUCUCUAUUGCUGUAGCUCAAACAUCCUUGCUUCCUGAUCCAAAAUUAUAUAUCUGGGAUAUAGAGAAUGACAAUAUCACGUACUUCAAUUUUGCAUCUGGACGAUCUGAAGAUGAUGAUAAUGAUGGGACAGCACCUCCAAACUCUGCAGAGAGUACAAGUUCCAAGUAUGGUGGAGGUCAAGAUAGAGCCAAGCGUGAGACAGCCAGAGAAGUUGGGGGUCGCUUUGUGAUGUCUCACAUGUGGGAUCUGGAAGAUCCUCGGCUACUUGUGUGUGAAGCCAAGUCUCUUCACAGCAAGAAAAAGCAAAGAGAUAAUUACAUGGCUUCGGAAAAGGAAGAGCGGCCUGCAAUCAUGUUGGUGUCUUUGUUUGUUAGUCCCGACCAUGGGGCUAUUGUUCAAGAUGCCUUCGCUCUCACUCCAACUUACUCGAGACUUCUUGGUGUGCAAGUUCCAUUCUUAUAUCUGCUGAAUGAUAGUGCUGCUGACAAAAAGUCUGACACAAAAGCCAAAUUAGUUACGCAGAAGGUAAUGCGGGACUUUGUAGGCCUGGAGAGCUGUGAUAAACCAACAAAGGAAGCGAUGCUUAACUUCUCCUUCUAUCUCUCAAUGGGAAAUAUGGAUGAUGCAUUUAAAGCUAUCAAAACAAUCAAAAGUGAAACUGUAUGGGAAAACAUGGCUAGAAUGUGUGUUAAAACGAAGCGCUUAGAUGUUGCUGCCUUGUGUCUUGGCAACAUGGGUCAUGCACGUGGUGCUAGAGCUCUUAGGCAAGCCAUGAAGGAACCUCAGCUUGAUGCAAGAGUGGCUAUGCUGGCACUGCAGCUGAAUAUGGUGGAAGAGGCUGAACAGCUUUAUCGUGGGUGUGGCCGCCAUGACCUUGUGAAUCGCAUGUACCAAGAUGGUGGCAUUUGGUCAAAGGCUUUGGAGACGGCCAACGAGAAUGACAGGAUUCACUUGAGAUCGACACAUUAUAAUUAUGCCAAGCACUUAGAGAGUAAAGGAGACUUCAGUGGUGCCAUCAGUCACUAUGAGAAAUCUGAUACUCAUAGGUUUGAAGUACCAAGGAUGCUGUUUGAUGAACUCCCAACACUUGAGGAUUAUAUCAUGCAUACUAAAGACAAGUCCUUGAGAAGGUGGUGGGCUCAGUACCUAGAGUCAACUGGUGAAAUGGAGACAGCACUGCAGUUUUAUGAAGCUGCUCGAGAUCAUCUGUCCUUAGUGCGUGUGUAUUGUUAUUGUAAUAAUCUCCAGAAGGCAGCAGAAAUUGCUAAUGAGACAGGAGACAGGUAUGNCUGCUAUCACCUAGCUCGCCAGUAUGAAAAUGUCAAUAUGGUGAAAGAGGCCAUUCACUUCUUUACUCGAGCUCAGGCUUAUGGCAAUGCUAUCAGAAUCUGCAAGGAUAAUGGUUAUGAAGAUCAACUAAUGAAUCUGGCUCUUGUGGCUGGACCUCAGGAACAAAUUGAUGCUGCCAGGUUUUUCUCCUCCUCGGAGCGCCGACAACUCUCAAAGGCUGUCAUGUUGUACCACAAAGCUGGUCUCUUGUCCAAAGCUGUUGAUCUAGCCUUUAAGUCUGGACAAGUCAGUGCAGUGGGACAGAUUGCAUCUGAACUCGAUGAAAAUGCGGAUCCUGCUCUUAUUCAGAGAUGUGCCCAGUACUUCAUCUCCAAUGGGCAGUAUGAUCGUGCAGUGUCACUCUUGAUUACUGGUAGACAGUACUUUGAUGCUCUUGAUUUAUGUGUGGAGCACAAUGUAUGGGUGACAGAAGAACUGGCUGAGAAGUUUACCCUGCCGAAAGAUGAAUCAGCUCGUAAUCAGAUCUUAGAAAAGGUAGCAGAGUGUGCUUAUGCCCAAGAGAACUACAAAUUGGCUACCAAGAAGUUCACACAAGCUGGUAACAAGGUUAAGGCGAUGAAGUGUCUUCUGAAAUCAGGUGAUACAGAGCGCAUUGUUUAUUUUGCCAAUGUGUGUCGGCAAAGGGAGAUCUACAUCAUGGCAGCCAAUUACCUACAAAGUUUGGAUUGGCGGAAGGAGCCUGAAAUUAUGAAGAACAUCAUUCAGUUUUACACAAGAGCUAAAGCUACUGGCCUGUUGGCAGGAUUUUAUGAUGCUUGUGCUCAGGUUGAGAUAGAUGAGUAUCAGAACUACGAGAAGGCAGCUGGAGCUCUUAGUGAAGCUUAUAAGAUCCUUACCACUUCUAAUGACCACCAAAGCCAAGAAAGACUUCCAUCAGUCCAGUACAAGUUGGAGAAGGUCAAGCAGUACAUUGGUAUCAGGAGAAUGUUCCCAGGAGAGGGUGAGACAGGUAUUAGAGAACUUCAGGACAUGCUGAUGGAUCCGAAUAUUGAGGCUGCAGUUCGCCAAGGGGACAUUUAUGCGACAAUUAUUGAAUAUUAUGUUUCCAAUAACAAUUUCAAGUCAGCUCUCAGUUCAUUGCAAGAUAUGAAGAACAGGUUGCCAAAGGCCAACCCCAGUUAUUACAUUGAUGCCCAAGCUCUCCAGUCAAUUGCCAGAGCAACAGGAGUCAAUGUUGGAGGAAUAGAAAAUGGAAUUGAGGAAGGAGCAAGUGAAGAUGAAGGAAAUGCAAGCGAGGAAGAAGUGGUAGAGGAAGAUGAGGAAGAUAUUAGACCACAACGUCAUUUUGCCCUGAAUGGGUCUGCAAAGUUCCUGUAAUCAUGUGGCUAUUAUCUAUGCCUUGAUAUUUAAGAUGAUUAAAAACAGCAACUUUUGUCU